ACAACAGGAAACAGAAAACCGAGAAGUGGCCGAUCGCGUCAUUUCAAACCCACGUCACCACGCAGAUCCGAUUCCGAUCAACUCUCCGUCGUAUUCCAUUUCCGAUCAUCUUCUUCGGCGGAUUCCUGUGUUCCUAGCUGUGCUGCGAAGAUGGAUUUGGUAUCUGGCUAUAAGGGUGUAGUUGGAUUUGUCUUUGGGAAUGAAAAUUCUGCUUCAAAUGUAGAUAGUUAUGUUGAACGAUUGCUUGACCGCAUAAGUAAUGGAAAACUGGCAGAGGACAGGAGGAAUGCUCUUACGGAGCUCCAAGCUAUUGUUGCAGAAAGCCGUGGUGCACAGCUAGCUUUUGGAGCAAUGGGCUUUCCUGUACUUAUGAGUGUGUUAAAGGAAGAGCGAGAUGAUGUUGAAAUGGUUCGAGGAGCCCUUGAAACUCUUGUUAGUGCUUUGACUCCUAUUGAUCAUGGAAGAGGAGCUAAUAAGAAUGAGGUUCAACCGGCUUUAAUGAAUACUGAUCUUCUUUCCAGAGAAUCAGAUAGCAUUUCUCUUCUUCUAAGUUUGUUGAUAGAGGAGGAUUUCUAUGUAAGAUAUUAUACUCUUCAGAUUUUGACAGCUCUUCUGACAAAUUCUCCUAGUAGGUUACAGGAAGCGAUUCUGUCCAUUCCUCGUGGUAUAACUCGACUAAUGGAUAUGCUAAUGGACCGUGAGGUUAUACGAAAUGAGGCCUUGUUGCUGCUUACUUACUUGACUCGUGAAGCUGAGGAUAUUCAAAAGAUUGUGGUCUUUGAAGGUGCAUUUGAGAAAAUCUUUAGUAUCAUUAAAGAGGAAGGAGGCUCUGAAGGUGGUGUUGUUGUGCAGGACUGUCUUGAAUUGCUGAACAAUCUUAUCCGUAAAAAUCCAUCUAAUCAGAUUCUUCUGAGGGAGACAAUGGGUUUUGACCCCUUAAUAUCAACCUUGAAGCUAAGAGGAGGUACAUAUAGUUUCACACAACAAAAGACAAUCAAUUUACUCAGCGUGUUAGAAACCAUUCAUUUAUUGAUGAUGGGAGGUUCAGAGACUGAUCCUCAAAAUGAUUCAAACAAGCUCACAAAUAAAACAGUUCUGGUUCAGAAAAAGUUGUUGGACCAUCUGCUAAUGUUGGGUGUUGAAAGCCAAUGGGCUCCAGUUUCUGUCCGUUGUUUGGCAUUACGUUGCAUUGGUGAUUUAAUAUCUGGAAAUUCAAAGAAUCGGGAUGCUCUUUCUAGCAAAGUUCUUGGGGAGGGGACUCAAGUAGAACCUGCUCUGAAUUCUAUUCUUAGAAUUAUUUUGCGGACAUCUAGUAUGCAGGAGUUUGUUGCAGCUGACUACGUCUUCAAGAACUUUUGUGAGAAAAAUGCUGAUGGCCAGACAAUGUUAGCAUCCACAUUAAUUCCCCAACCUAACUCAAUGGUCCAUUCUCCUCUCGAGGAUGAUGUGAACUUGUCUUUUGGAAGGAUGCUGUUGCAUGGUCUUGCAUUGAGUGAAAGAGAUGGCGAUCUUGAGACUAGUUGCAGGGCUGCUAGUGUCCUUUCUCAUAUUCUCUGGAACAACAUCCAGUGCAAGGAAAAGGUUCUGCGUAUUGAGCUUGAUUCACCAACACCAUCUUUUGGAGCUCCUGAGCCACUCAUGCACCGCAUGAUUAGAUACUUGGCUCUUGUCUCAUCCAUGAAAAACAAGGAUGGCAAGUCUGGUUCAACAGGGAACUUGUAUGUUCAACCGAUUAUUCUGAAAUUGCUUGUCACUUGGCUAGCAGAUUGCCCCAAUGCAGUACAGUGCUUUCUAGAUUCACGUCCCCACUUAACCUAUCUGCUUGAGUUGGUAUCAAAUCCUUCAGAAACUGUGUGUGUGAGGGGGUUGGCAGCUGUUCUCUUGGGAGAGUGUGUGAUCUACAAUAAAUCCAGUGAUAAUGGAAAGGAUGCAUUGACCAUUGUUGAUUCCAUAAGUCAGAAAAUUGGACUUACAUCAUACUUUGUGAAGUUUGAUGAAAUGCAGAAAAGCUUCCUUUUCUCUUCUGAGAAGCCAGUCCAGUCCCAUAAACCACUGAUGAGAUCAACGGCUGCUAGUAUGGCAGAAAUUGAAGAUGUUGAUGAGAAUGAUUUGUCUGAUCAGAAGAAUGAGGAUCACCCAAUCCUCUCUUCAAUUUUUGAUGCUCAAUUUGUUGACUUUGUAAAGAGUGUGGAAGCGCAUAUUAGAGAAAACAUUGUGGAGGCUUAUAGUCACCCAAAGAGUGAGGUUGCAGUGGUGCCUGCAGAAUUGGAAGAAAGGAGUGGAGAAAGUGACAAGGACUACAUCAUUCGGCUGAAAGCGUUUGUGGAGAAACAAUGCUCCGAAAUACAGAACCUUCUUGGCCGCAAUGCAAGCUUGGCUGAGGAUCUGGCGAAAACUGGUGGGAGUGAUUCUCAACCUGAGCAACGGAUAAGUGGUGGCUUAGAGAGAGUCCAGAUGGAGACACUUAGGAGAGAUCUUCAAGAGGCAUCUCAACGGGUAGAGAUGCUCAAGGCAGAGAAAGCGAAGAUAGAAUCCGAGGCAUCAAUGUACCAGAAUUUGGCCGGUAAACUGGAGUCUGAUCUGAGGAGCUUAUCUGAUGCUUACAACAGCCUAGAACAGACCAACAUCCACCUGGAAAAAGAGGUGAAAGCUUUGAAGAGUGGAGGAGCCUCAGCCAUUCCUGAUAUUGAAGAAAUCAAGGCAGAAGCUAGGGAAGAAGCUCAGAAGGAAAGUGAAGCUGAACUAAAUGAUUUGCUCGUAUGCCUCGGACAAGAGCAGAGUAAGGUGGAAAGGUUGAGUGCACGGUUAUUGGAUUUAGGAGAGGAUGUGGACAAAUUGCUUGAAGGCAUUGGAGAUGACAUGGGGCUCGCCGAAGAAGGUGAAGAGGAGGAAGACUGAUGUAGUUUCAAUGCUUAUGUAUGGCUGAUGGCUGGUUAUGUCAGACUAAAAAAAUUUGUACAUUUCUUAGUGAAUUUGUACAGCCUCUGGAUAAAUUAAUUACAGCUUCUGGAUAAAUUAAUCUUUUUUAGUUGGAUUUAAAUUAUUAUACCUUUGGACUUAAGAAGAUACCAAAUUGUUCUGUUGUCAUGAUUCAUAUUCU